UUGUGAAAGGGUUGUGAAAACAAUGGCUGGAAAGAUUUACGCCAUCCUUAUACUACUUUGUGGUACCUCAAUUUGUACUUCAACAACUACUAUAUCGUCGCCUACAACUACACACAGCGAUGGUGCAUCUGCAUCAACCACUACUGCACCCAUGUCUUCAUCAAGCGCACCAGCAAGCACGAGUGCGCAUGUGCAGACGUCAAGUAGUUCAACAUUCAAUCCAACAUCGGUCGCAUCAUCGAUUUCAGCAGCAACUUCAACACCAGUCGCGACUUCUUCUACGAGCAAGGUCACAACUACAACAACGAUUGCGGUUUCAACUUCAAUAUCGACCGCAGCCCCUACUACGAGCACAAUCACACAUAUAUCAUCCACAACUACCUUGGCUGCAGCUACAACUACAUUGUCGACAGCGGAACCCGCUUCAACAUCGGUCGCAGCUUCUACAACGAGCAAAACCACACAUACAUCAUCCACUCCUACGUCGGCUGCAACUGCAACUUCAACACUGACUUCGGAACCCACUUCAACAUCGGUCGCAGCUUCUACAACGAGCAAACCCACACAUACAUCACCCACUCCUACGUCGGCUGCAACUGCAACUACAUCAUUGACUGCGGAACCAACUUCAACAUUGGCCGAAACUUCUACUGCAGGUAAAAGCACGUCUACAUCUUCUAUUGCAUCAUCUAUUUCGACAUCGGCCACAACCUCUUCUACAAGCGAACUCACAUCGCCAUCAUCUGUUGUGGCUUCCUCUCCAACAUUGAUUCCAAAUGCAACUGAGAGCAAGUCCGUAUCUUCGACAACAAGUCACUCAUCUACGCCAAGGAAUACACCUGCUUCAAGUUCGAUUUCGUCAUCAAGCAGUCAGGACACUAUAAGUGAAUCAACCGUUACAGGAAAUACAGUCAAUCAAACGACGUCAGGAACAAGUACAGAUGAACCAGGAAAUACAUCGACGACCUAUUCAAUUCUGUCGAUUUAUUUAGCGGUCAUCGUCGUGACAGGUUCCCUUUUGUCAAGGACAAUUAGCCUAUGAUUAUAAGCUUCUUGCAUGAACUAUGACUAUGACAACCUAAUUGUGUUGUGUGCUAUCAGUUAAGUCUGUUUGGAGAUGUCUAAACAGAUCGCAAGUACAUUAUCAGGGCACGCUUUCAGAGUGAUAUGUUAAUGUUAUAAUGUGUUUUAAUAAGGUAGUAACUAUCAUACAAAUUAAACAUUUCUGGAACUUUCACAGAAUCAGUUUAUACAACGUAUAUGUCAAAUGUGAUUUUUAUAAAAGAUAUUUUAAAAAUUAAUAUGGUGUUUGUUGCC